AUUCCUCUCUCUCUUAACAUCCGACACAAUAAGACACGAUUUUUUUCAGUCCGUCAGUCAGUGAUUGACUCGUCGACAUAUCUACUCGCUCACUCAGAAAUAUUUGUAACUCGGAAACAUUUAAAUCUCAGAAAUAUAUAAAACUCAGAAAUAUUCAAGCCAAACCAUGGACCCCAAAGUGCAAGCCCUUGAGGCUCGAAUUCGUGAACUCGAUAGAGCCCUGGACCACGAAAAGAAGCGCAGCAUGGAGUCGCACAAACAGAUUUGUCGCAGGGACCGACGCAUCAAAGAGCUCACGCUGGAGGCGGAAGAAUACAAACAGAAAGUCAAAGAUGUUCAAGUUACUGUGCAAGAUUUAGAGAAUGAGAUUCGCAUUUAUAAGAGGAGACUGGACGACUCGCAAGACAUCAGCCACCAAAAUGCGAACCGGUAUCGAAAAGCGCAACAAAAGUAUCAAGACGAAGUCAUCAAGAUUGAGCAGUACGAGGAAAAAGUCCGUCGACGGAGGGCUGAGCAGCAACAGACGCCCUUAUUCGUUCAAAUCUAAACAUUUUUAUUCCACACCACAUUUUGUUCUUGUCCCUGUCCAAAAAAAUUCGUCCUAUUAAGUCCUUCAAAAAGAUGAAAUUUAUCCAUAAAAUACAGUCAAAUGGGAGAAAAUGUGCUACAAAUGUCAUUCCUGUCCCACAUUAUUCAAAGAACAAAAUGCGGAAUAAUUUAUUCCGCAUUUUGUUCUUUUUCCUGUCCCAAAAAAUUCUGCAAGGAAUGUGUCCCAUUAAAUCCUUCAAAAAUGAAAUUUUUCCAUACAAUAUGGAAAAAAUGUGCUACACACGUGUCAUUCCUGUCUCUACAUACCUUGUCUUGUCCUUCCUUCCUCAAACAAAUAAGUGUUCCUUUGGUUAAUUGUUCCGCAAUAAUUGUUUCUUGUUAAAUACAUUUGUGUAAUAAAUUUGUGGUAAAUAUCAAUUAUCAAGUGUACUCAAAUCUACUAAACAUUAUUCUACACGGCAUUUUGUUCUUUUUCCUAUCCCAAAAAAAUCUUUGUUCCACAAGGAAUUUAUGCUACGCAGUCAACAGUUAAAAAUCUGGUAGAAUGAGAUAUACAUAUACUCCAUACUGGUAUUUAUUUGGUAACAAAUUCUUAUCGGAUUGGUAGUAGUUUGUUUCUCGGUGGUAAAUUUUUAAUUACCACAAAAUUACUAAACGGUAGUGCCCAUUUUUACCAGUGCCGAUAUGUAUUUCGGUCGGUAAUGAUUUAAUACCAGUUUUAUAACUUUUAUGUAUAACCCUUCAAAACAUGAGUUUUUUUCGUAAAGUAUGGAAAACGUGUCAUUCCUACAUCAUUUUUCUUCCUUCCUUUAGUUCACUUGUUCCGCAAUAAUUGUUGUUAAACACAUUUAUGUAAAUAAACAUCAAUUAUCAAGUGUAUUCAUCUCACUGGCGUCUCUCACGCUGCUGUGGUAAACACGAUAACAAAACAAACCUUGACUUGUAAAUACAUGUUUACUGUUAGCGUCUCUUUAAAUGUGAAGAACUCAUGAAACUUUGUGCUUUAUGUUUAGCCGUUUAGCAUUUAGCGCAACUGGAUCAUGAUUUUUUGGCCGUGAAAUCAUUUAGCAAAUUAUCUAUUUAAAUUUAUUGCAGCUGCAGAAUUUACAGAAUUGUUCAUUUCUCAAAAACGCCAUCAUGACGUGGACAUGGACGCUUGAAUUUUAUUUGAGUCUGUGCAUUUUUACCGUUUCCGGUAACUUAUUAUUACCGACCUGCAGACAACAUGUCAACGCUAACGGCACGUAUCCUCAAUUACAUGUCAACGCGACGAAUCCUCAAUUACCACGAUGCGCCACCAGCAUCAAAAAUUUCCGGAAGGGGAUCCAUCUUCGAGAAAGAUCGUGGUCGUAUGAAAAUGACGACGCGACCAGUCUUCUCCCUCCAUGGACGGAUAUCUCUUUGGCCGUGAAAGGACAGCAAUUUGCUAUCGACCGAGUCCAAGGAAUCUUCCAAUCCUACCUCUAUGGAGUCACGCUUAUCUUGGCUAAUCCUCAAUUAAGGGAUACUCUCCUGUUCACUGGAAACUCUGACACUGUUCCAAAAUCGAGCCGCCGUUAUGCCGCCACCGUACUGCAAAUCUCUCUCUGGAUUCGGCGUGCUUUAUCCAAAGAGUCGAUAAAACUUGCCGGACAUGAAAACUGGGUGUUGGAAUCCAUCUCAAAAGUCCGUCGUAUUCACAACCAGGUCGGAUUUCUGAUCCAGGGCGCCCUUAAGAAUAAAACUUUUGCAAAAUAUGACUCUUCCUCGGGCAAACAAAUCGAUACUGAACUCUGGACCGCGUUCGAAAAGGAUUUGACCCCAUUUAAGGACAGGGAUGGUCAAAAUCCUGGGUCAAAAUGCAGUAUUUUGAGCUCUGUUCAUCCCCAGGGUUAGGAUUUCUGGGUGUGUUCUGUUACACCCACUAAAAAACGAAAAUCAACGUGGAGAAGGUAACAAUAAGUGGAAAAAAAGAAAUUAUUUAUCUAUCGCGGUCAAAAUACUUUAUUCUUCCAUUUUUAUAAAAAAUAAACUAUGUUCACUGCGAUAAAUAGUAAAUUAAAUUUCUUCAGAAAACAUUUCUGAAAAUUUUCAGAAAUGUCAAGACUUUGACGCCAGAAAAAUAAAUUCUGGAGAAUUUCAAUACGUUCAAAAUACUGUCAGAUAUUGAUUGUCAUUCUCAAAAAUCCAAUCCAUCCAAAUCCAACUCAAAGAACGUACCUCAAAAUCCACGAUUUUUUUCAAAAUUCAUGUUUUCACGAUUUUUAUAAGAAAUUUAGUAUUUUGACCGCGAUAAAAGGUUAAUUUCUGCACAAAACUUGCAUUUUUGCAUGCGUGUUGCCUUCUCCACGUAGAUUUUCGUCUUUUUGUGGUUAUUCCACCCUCCGAAAUCUAAACCCUGAGGAAGAACAGAGCCCCACAAAAUACUCUAUUUUACCCCAGUAUUUUGACCAUCCCCCUGCUUAUUAAGUCCAGAUAUCCGCCCCCUCCUCCUCCCCAAAAUUAUUCGCACGAAGACGGCACCCACCCCAUGAACCAGCUAACCUUUGCCACCACGCAGUGGGCCUUCAUGGGCCUCACCAUCAUGAAUCCCUCCAACGUGAACGUGUACGACGUCGCUGACGACGGAUUACAAGCCUUCGCCCAUCUCUGGGCCGUCCUCGGGUACGCCAUGGGGCUCGAGGACGAGUUCAACUUGGGGUUCAGAAACGGAAGAGAAAAAUUGGUCAAGCUAAACCAACAAUUUUUUCGAAACUAUGUAGCCCCACAUUUAUUCAGGUUGACGGAUGAGAGCAAAUUGUUAAUUGAAGCUUUCAUCAAGGGAGCCGCCCACAUCUUGGAGGGCCUCGACCCGGAAUAUCUUUUGCGAGGAAUUCUCCGCGACGUGUUUGGAAUUUGGCCGAAAAAUAUGAACGCCCGGAUGAAAAUUUCUGAGAUGUGGUCCGAUUUUUUACUAGGAAAUGGAUUCCCACGCUGGAUUCAUGCCGUGUUUCCGGGUCACGACAAAAUCGUGUCGCCGCUCUUUAGCUUGUACCAUUUCAAAGUGGGGUUCACCCAUUUUGGAGCGAGGUACCGGUCGGACGAAGAUAUCGCGAAAUAUUGCUAUUUUUACGAAGAAAAACUUUGAAGAUUUGAAAUUCAAAAUUUGUAUGAAGCGAAUUUUGAAAUUUUUACGCUAAUGAGCCACAAAAAAGUAUAUUAUGUACAUAAUAUGUAUGUAUCAGUCAUUUUUAAAAAACUUGACAAAAAACUGCAAAUUACUAAUUAAUUAUAUUAUAAAAAUUUAAAUUGCAAUCAAUCUUGGAGCGAGAUACUGGUCGGAUGAAGAAAUUGCGAAAUAUUGCUAUUUUUACGACGAGAAAUUUUGAAAUUUUAAUGUUUUUAUGUAGCUUUUUUUGAAAUUGCUACACUUA